GGCGGGAAGGGCAGUGUCCGCCAGGUCUCGUGGACUGCCCCAGUGUGAGGGUGGGGCGCGGGCCGGAGGAGAUGGGGCGGCCGCGCUGCCUCCUCUGCAAACACCUCGGGUGCAGUCGUGCGGGCCGAGAGGCUGCCACGGAGAAGACCCCGACCUCCGCCGGCAACCGUUUGGGCAGGACCGGCCGGUUGCGUGCGAGUCCCGGUUGCGUGCGAGUCCCGAGCGAUACCUUCACGAGAAGGAAGGGCCCCCACCCCGCGGGACGCGUCUUGCGCUCUUCGGGAGCGGUAGUCCUCCCAGGCCUUCCCUGGUUCCAACAGGACCUCCCAGAGAGGUUCCGGUUCUGCGGUGAUCUGGACUGUCCCGACUGGGUCCUGGCGGAGAUCAGCACACUUGCCAAGAUUUCCUCUGUGAAGUUGAGGCUACUGUGCAGCCAGGUGCUGAAGGAGCUUCUGGGACAGGGGAUUGAUUACGAGAAAGUCCUGAAGCUCACUGCCGAUGCCAGAUUUGAGUCGGGUGAUGUGAAGGCCAUGGUGGCAGUACUGAGUUUCAUCCUCUCCAGUGCGGCCAAGCAUAGUGUGGAUGGCGAGUCCUUGUCCAGUGAAUUGCAGCAACUGGGGCUACCUAAAGAGCACGCAGCCUGCCUGUGUCGCUGUUACGAGGAGAAGCAAAGCUCCCUGCAGGAGCACCUGCGGGCCUGCAGCCUGCGUGUGAACCGGCUGGCAGGUGCAGGCUGGCGGGUAGACUACAUCCUGCGCUCCAGCCUCCUGCAGUCUGUGGAAGAGCCCAUGGUGCGCCUGAGGCUGGAAGUGGCAGUUGCCCCAGAUGCCCCGGCCCAGGUUGUUGCCCUGUCCCUCUCAGCAGACAAGUUCCAGGUCCUCCUGGCAGAACUGAAGCAGGCCCAGACCCUGAUGAGCUCCCUGGGUUGAGGACAAGAGUGUUUGUGGCCCGCAUGGAGCUGCCCUACCCAUGUUGGGUAGCUGUCCUCUGAACUUCUUUUCAUGACCCCAGGUCCAGGACCCUGGAGGCCUGGCCCCCUGGAUCUCUGGCUUUCCAGGUUCCCAUCUUGAGAAUUCAGCAUAAGGGUCCUGAGGACUUUUCCAAUAUUGUCUUUUCCCCAUGAAAGAUACUUGUUGAUGGUUUUUCUGAGUAGGAAGAAUAAACAAAUGUAAAGGAG